AUGGAUUUGGAUGAUUCGGGAUUUAUUUCGCCGCAGCAAAAAGAAGAAGCUUUGGAGACGAAAAAUUCGAAAAUCGACGAAAACAAAAACAGCUCGUUUCUGAGUCUAACGCCAGCUAGAGAUGUAAAAGUCUGUUUUCCGACGAGAAGAUCAAGAAGAGCAAAAAGAAGAAGCGAAAACCUCAUCGAACCAGCUCAUUUACUCACAAAAUCACCGAAAAAGAUAGAAGGUCAACUUCAAGCGCUGAAAUCGCCGACCAAGACUGAAUCAAAGAAAGAAUCGUUGGGAGAUUUGGCGAACAAAGUUGGCAGAAAUCCCGAAAUCGUCAAGGUCAUCCUCUCGUCCAUGUCCGUUCAGGAUCAACUAAAGUGCUCCUGGGUCAGCAAAACCUGGCGAAAAGAAGUAGAGCUCUCUUGCAAACCAGUCGCCAGCUACAAAAUCCAACUGAAAGAAAACUUCGAAUUCGCCGAAAUGAACAAAGAGAACUCUCCGAAUUCCUCCAGAUCUUCUCGAAACUCAUCCCAGAACUCGUCUCUGAAUCUCGAAAACGAUGGUUCUCUCAAUUCCACUCCUCCAUUGCCCGAAAAGAGCCCGAAGAAAAAGGAGGAACAAGUCUUGACGCCGGUCGAAAACAAUCUUCCUCGAACCAGUCCUUCCACGCCGAAGAAGCUUGCAGAUACAAGUCUUUCACCAGUCUCUCGAAUGCUCCUGAACAAACCAUCAGCAAACAAGGGGAAAGACAUGACGGAGAUAGAAGUUCGAGCGAAAAUGGAAGACGGAGACUCCAUCGUCAAAUGCCCUUUCUGCUUUCAUCCUUGUCGAAAAACGCCGAAAACUAAAGGAAACAGAGGAAUCUGCUACAACAGCCAAUGCCUUCGCGAAUUCUGCGGCACUUGCCGAAAACAACACUCUUCGAAAGAAACCUGCUGCGUCGCCUCCAAGUCGGUCCGCCGCCUCUUCAACUCUCCGGAAGACAAGUCCAAGACUACAGUACGACGCCUUUGA